AUGGCAAAGGAGAAAGUAUGCCUCAUAGGAUCUGGAAACUGGGGAUCCUCCAUUGCUCGGAUAGCUGCCAUGAACGUCAAGGAUCAUCCCGAUGUCUUUGAAGAAGAGAUAACGAUGUUCGUUCACGAAGAGAAGGUCGAUGGAAAGCCUCUCUCGUCAAUUAUUAAUAAUAAGCAUGAGAACGUCAAAUAUCUACCCGGAAUACAGCUAGGGUCGAAUGUAAAAGCGGAGCCCGACCUAAUAAAGACGAUCAAGGGAGCUACAGCGCUCAUUGUUGUGGUUCCGCAUCAGUUUUUAGAGAAAGUGCUUGAUGGUGUGAAGGAGCACCUGGCGCCUGGUGCUCGCGCUGUAUCCUUGAUUAAGGGUGUCAAAGCAGAUGGCGGCAAGAUUUAUACGUAUCCUCGUAUUAUUAGUUCUCUACUUGGUAUCCGAUGCUCUACGCUUGGGGGUGCAAAUAUUGCGAUAGGAGUCGCAAAGGAUGAAUUCUGCGAGUCUACUCUAGGCGUGCUGCCCGAAGGAAUGAAGUCCCAUGGCGAAGAUUCGCUAUCCGACGCCGACCUCUGGUACAAGUUGUUCAAUAGACCGACCUUUAGAAUACGAGUAGUACCAGAUGUCGAUGGGGUCGCACUAUGCGGUGGACUAAAAAAUGUUAUCGCGCUGGCGGCCGGGUUUUCUGAUGGCCUUGGAUGGGGGUCCAAUACGAAAUCCGCGAUCAUACGUAUCGGAAUAAUGGAGAUCAAGGAUUUCUGUGUUCACUUCUUCCCCGAAGUUAAAGCGGAAACGUUCCUGGAAGAGAGCUGUGGUGUUGCCGACAUAUUGACCUCAUGUAUAAGCGGUCGAAACAGGAAAGUUGCAGAGGACAUGGUCAAGACCGGGAAGGGAUUCCAACAACUUGAAAAGGAGGAGCUUGGGGGUCAAUCGUUACAAGGUCCACAAACGGCUGAACAGCUUCAUAACUUCCUCGAAGCACGAUCCGACGAAGUCCGUCGGUCUGGUGGGUUCCCUCUGAUCGAGAAUGUGUGGAAGAUCUGCUACCAGGGAACUCCUCCAGAAAAGUUGAUUGAAGGGCUCUAA